AUGACAUUUCUUGAAGUUGCUAAAAGAUGCUUGCAUGAUGAACCAAAUAAACGGCCUACAAUGGCUCAAGUUGUGGUACAACUUGAGUCUGCACUGGAGCAGCUGGAAAGCUCAAAAUCUUCUGCUCCAGAGAUAGCCUGUUCUGAUAGUGUCGUGUCUUGUGCUGGGGAAACUCUCCAUUCAAUUAGCGCCGAGAUAGAAGAAAAGUCCUCUGUGGAUGAGCAGAAUAUGCCACUCUCUCUUUCUGAAAGAAGCAAAAUGGUUCAGAAUGCUGAGCCAUCCGGCAGAGAAGCACAAGUGUAUAAGAGAAACAAAACUGCUUAUAAGCUACCACGGUUUUUGCCAUGGAAUGCAUUAUGGAAAAGGGCAAACAUAACAAAGAAAAGCCAAUUAUCAAUACCAGAAUAUUUUGGAGAGGAAGUUGAAUCGCAUAGAUUUGAUCUGGCUACAAUUGCAGCUGCAACUAAUAACUUUUCGCUUCCAAAUGAAAUUGGAGCAGGUGCAUUUGGUACUGUUUAUAAGGGUCUGUUAUCUACAGGACAGGAAGUAGCUGUUAAAAGGCUUUCAUCAAAUUCCUACCAAGCCGACAGUGUUCUUAAAAAUGAGGUUCUUUUGCUUUCCAAACUUCAGCAUCCAAACCUCAUUAAACUACUUGGAUAUUGUCUUCAUGGACAAGAAAGGAUGCUUGUAUAUGAGCUCAUGGAGAAAAAAUCUCUAAAUGCUUACCUAUUUGGUGAAACAAGACAUAAACUUGGAUGGACCAUACGUUUCGAAAUCGUUAUUGAUAUUGCUCGUGGAAUUCUUCAUCUUCAUCAAGAUUCAGGAUUGAAAAUUAUUCACAGAUGUAUCCAAGCAAGUACUAUUUUACUCAACAAAGAGAUGAAGCCUAAAAUUUCAGCUUUCGGUAUAGCUAGAACUUUAGAAGAACAUCAAACUGAAACGAGUACGUCAAGGAUUUUUUGUUCAUAUGGUUAUAUGUCUCCCGAAUAUAUUAUGGAAGGUAUAUUCUCAGUUAAGUCAGACGUGUUUAGUUUUGGAGUUCUUGUCCUAGAGAUUGUGAGUGGAAGAAGCAUUAGUACUUUUCCUGACCUUAUGUAUUGUGACUGGAAGACGUGGAACGGAGGAAAAGCAUUAGAAUUAUUAGAUAAAUCAAUGAAGGGUGAGUUUCCAGCAGAUGAAGCAUUAAGAUGUAUCCAAGUUGGACUUUUAUGUGUCCAAAAACGACGAGAUGAUCGACCAACAAUGCAAUCAGUACUUGAGAUGUUGGAAGGAGAAGUUCCGUUGUUUCCACAACCAUUACCACCACCAAUGUUGAAAAUGAAACAUACUCAGUUUGAUGAUGAGGACUUAGAUCGACUCAACCAAUGAUGUAACUAUUACAACGUUAAAGUGUCGGUAGAAAGCAUGUCCACAAGACUGCAACCUUUUUGUUCUGUUUUUGGGGUGUCUUUCAUUUGAUUAUCAACAAAGAAAUAUUAUUAAUCUUAUGAAGCUGUUUCAUAUU